AUGAUCUCCGCCGUCGCAGCCUAUCUCCUCCUGUCACCUCCCUUCGCAGCAGCGGCCCCUCCCUCAUCCACGACCAACUGGGCUCCCGAACCAAACGGUCGCGGCACCUUUGGUCUAAUCUGCUCCUGCGUCCUCACCCUCACGAUAUGCGUCUGGACGGCACUCCACCUCAACGUCCCCGCCGCGCGCUCUACCCUUCGGAGGCGGUCGUUGGAACGGACAAAGUGGGUCCUCUACGGCAUCUUCGCGCCGGAGCUCGUGGUCGCCACGGCGGCGGCUCAGUAUAUUGUGGCAAGAUGGCUCAAGAGGGAGAUUGAGAAGGAUGCUGCGAAUCGGAGGGGUGGAGGAGAUGAAAUGCCUGCCGAUAGGGAGGAGACGAGGGCGUUUUCGAGGCAUACUUGGGACAUGACGCAGUGUUUUUACGCUGUGAUGGGAGGGUUCGUCGUCAAUGUGCCGUCUGCCGAGGUCGAGACGGCGCUCAGGAGAGUGACAGUCACGCCAGAGGGUAUCAGGCUCCUAUCCUUCAUCGGAAAGCUGCCGCAGAUCCACGAGUCGCAGAUCCAGGAUAAGAGCAAGGCGGAUUGGAUGGCCAAGUCGCUGGUGUGCAUACAGGCCGGCUGGAUGGUCGCCCAAGUCAUCGGUCGGCUCAUCAAGAAACUCCCCGUUUCGCUGCUCGAGAUCAACACCUGCGGGCACGUUGCUUGUGCCGCCCUGCUUUAUCUGCUCUGGUGGAGCAAACCCCUGGAUGUGCUUGAUCCCACUGUCCUGGACGAGGGGAACGAGGAAGCCAUGGCGUUGAUGAUGUUUUGCUCGUCGAUGAGCGCCGUCAACGGCGUAACUGAGAUCCGGUGCUUCAUGUACAUACCGCCCGAAGACGCGGGCACGGAAGGGGUCAGAAAGGAGAAUAAGGACAAGGUCCUCAUCACGACUUAUUUGUCUAUCGGCUCACCUGGCACCAGGGAGCCCUCUCGGUUUCUCGGCUUCGAUGUUAGUGACCUCCGCCCCCACUCGUCGCCGGUGGACGUCGACAUUCAGCGGAAAAGAGUGUCCCGAAGCGCAUACAUGUACCACAUCGACCAGGCGAAACCGACAGUAUCCCCGGAAUGCCAGCAGAAAUACUUCGCUCCACCCUACACCGAGCUCAGUCUCCGGCACGGUACGAUCUAUUGUCGAAGACUCUUUGCAGAUGUACAAAGACACGGGAAAUCUCACAUGCCCGUCAAUCCGAUACGACUGGCGCAAGCUGCUUCAGCCGCAGAUUCUCUCUGGGCAGAAUGCAUAUCCCGCCCGACGUACGCUCAAUUCUACUUCACCUCCGUGCCGACCGUUGGCGUCUUCCUCGGCGAGACGGAUUACCUUGUCCCACACAUAGUCAAUUUCCCGUCCAUGUCGAACCUCGGGCUGGGCCAAGUCAACAUCCACCGUGACGUCCUGCGGUCGGUCCUCGCUCUGACGGCAGCAGCGUAUGGCGGCCUCCACCUCGCGGGCUGUCUCGACCACUUCCCGACGACGAUUGAGCGGACUCUCUGGCUGGCUGCGUCUUUGGUGAUCACAUCCUCGGGCGUGGCGUUGUGGGUCUUCUUCCUCGCUCGACAGGUUUGGCCGCGGUUCGAUGUGUUCAUUUCUGGUGCAGCUCCGGGGGCGCAACUGGCGGGGACGACGUACCAGAAACCGUGGAUGAAGAGAGUAAAGUUAUUUGUUCUUUGUUUUGUUCUGCUGUUGUUUGUUGUGGCGAGGGUGUUCUUGGUUAUUGAGGCGUUUAUCAGUCUGCGCGAGGCUCCUGCGUCAUUGUAUGAGACGCCGGAGUGGUCUGAUUUCUUUCCGCAUUUUUAG